CAUGUACAUGUACAGUACAUUGUGCAUGUAUUUCUACGCGAACAGCACUGCACAAAUUAACAUGUGUACGUGUGAUUGCCGUUACGGCACGUACGGUUAAUGCAUCCAGCGUGGAACCUGAUGACCUCUCUCCACUUGCGGGCCCGGCACAAGCGUCAAAUUAAUCAGUUUCAUGUGAGCGUGACACUCAUGUGACCGAACCAAAAGCACUGGUGUUUUUCAUACAACUGGAAUCACCAAAUCCCCUCGGCGAGAUGAAUUUCCGUCAGCGCAUGGGCUGGCUCAUGGUGGUCGUCUUCCUGUUACUCAGUGCCCUGAUACUGUACUACAUGUUUGAAAUCAGUGAGACUUACAACGGCCUAGCCCUGGAGCACGUCCAGUCCUAUGCUAGCUCCCUGAAGAACAAUCCUGGUGGCAUCACCUGGAGGCAGACAAUCACCAACCGACUGGUGUCCCUGCCCUUCUGGCUCUGGAUGGGGAUUCUUCUGGUCCCCUACCUGCAGGUCUUCUGCCUUCUCAUCGCCUGCACCAAGAAUGACCCCUUGACGGCCGGCAUGGCCCUGGGGCCAGUCUGCUUGGUCUUGAGGCUGUGCGCCUGCCGGACCAGUGAAACGCACAGCAAUCAGUACGGACUGGAUGUACCCAUGCACACCUGAUUUGCCAAGAUUCAGUACAGUGCAAUGUUUUGGUUUUUUUUUUUUUCGUCUCCAGCAAUUCCUAGUUAGGGAUCUUGAAGUGAUGGCUUCUACAGGCUGAGUUGACUGGGCACUGAUGAAUGAACAGGUUUAAUAGCAAGGAACUCAUCAACAUCUAAAGAGAAAGUAGUAUUUUUUACGUUGUUUAAGCAGCCAUGGAUAUCUUUUCUUUUUUGUCCUUUCUUAGCGGAGUUAGCACUCUGUGUCUAAGAUAGAGGAUUGUUGGGUCUAUCAACCGUCACAGUCCUCAAUCCUUCACCUGUUGAAAGACUAGGACUGUUAGGGUUGAUUCAUGUAAUUGUUUUUCUACAUCAAAAGUGUAUGUUUAUAUGUGGACUGGAGAGGUUGAAAUUGAAGGUCCUAGUUUAUCUGCAAAUUUUCCUGAAUCUUUCAAAAUCCACUGUCAUGUAUGAUGCCAGUGGCACAGUCUUUCUGCUCACCUUUUUCUGAAGCGGCAUCAAUUCCUAUGUCGAGUUAUGGUUGGACAGUCCUUGUUCUGAGUCCUCUAAAAUUCCCAGAAUCUCCCCGGUGGAUUUAGAAGGCUCAGGGCUGGUUAGAGUUGAGAAAAAUCCGGACGUGACGAGGGAGACAUUUAAAGGAGUACGAGUAUUUUGGAGGAAGGUUUUUUGUAAAGAAUUGUAUCCAAGUUAUGUAAGUGGUGCUGAGAGGAAAAACUGUACAAAUUUUGGAAAAGAAUUCUGGGUUGAAGUAUCACGUCACUGUGGUUAGUUGGUGCUACGUUAUACCUCAAGUUGCUUAGACAUUGCUUAGAUGAGUUUAGGAGGACAAGGACCUUAUCAAGUUAUGGGGGCCGCCAAGGGUGGUCCUAGCAUAAGAACCAAACUUUCAAGAGACUAAAAUUGCAUUGUACUCUGGGGUUAAUUUUUACCCGGGGAGUUCCAUAGCCCCCUUUUGGCCCCAUGGGACCCGCUAACGUACACGUAUGCAGCUUGCUUGUUCAUGUACAGUGUUUGUGUAUAUGCAAAAUGUGAACAUUUGCUCAGGCACAAAUUUAAAGUAUGAGCUGUCUGACCCAUGGGACCCUUUUGCACAGUAAGGUACAGUAGGAUAGGAAAAAGAGGCUGGUUUAACUAUUCAAAAACCUGUACAUAGGACGAGAGGGUCUGCUUUCAAGGAGUAGCCACUCUGUGUUUCGGGGUAAGCAGGAUGGGAGGUGGGCCGGACCCUCUUGAAAAAGUUCCUCUCUGCAGAUCAAUUUCCUAACGUCAUCCAAUAUUUUACGUGUAUGUACUUGUGCGUCCUUCCCACCAAGUUUCAAACUGUUCCACCACAAGUUUUUCCAUGAAGGUAGCAGAUUUAACAUUACGGCAGCAGAUCAGAUAUAUUUUCAAUUUUAGUUGGCAUCAGCCCCGCCUUUAACCCUAACCCACUAGGGCCUUUUUAUUAGGACACAUCCUCAAUCUCCAAAAUCCUCCAAUUACUCAACUUCAAAAACUGCAUACAUCCUCAAUCCGCCAAUGUUCAAAUCAUCAUUCAUCUUGAAUCCUCCAAAACCACCCGCAGAAUUUUGGAGGAUUGAGAAGGGUCAGACCCACCAGAAUUACAACUUAUUACAACUUGUGUGCUUUACAUCAAAUUCAAUGUUUUUGAACGAUCCUAUUGACCCAUCUCGUAGACAGCCAUCUUUGUAGGAAAAUUACAGCUGUGUGUGUUACGCCACCUCGCGCAUGUGCCUGCAGAGUGCAAACUGUUCUAUACACGUGCAUGUUGCUUGGAAUUUCUUAGAAAUAUGGUACAGGUCUUGGGAGUCAUGAAAAUCUGACGUCUAAAAUGCAGAAUCACUGGGCAUCCGUAGGAAGUGAUUGUCAGUUGAGACAUAAAGAAUGCAGGAUUUAGAAGUGUUUUGGGGGGUUGGAGUCAUUUCAUGGUUCAAUAGAAACCAUUAAAUGGAUGUUUUCAUUGAAGUUUGGAAAUGGCUUUGACCAGGCUAGUCAAUGAACCAUGUCACAUUUGUUUUGUUGCGGAAACAGUGAAGCAAGUGGGUGAAGGGGUGGGUGGGUGGCAAUUUGGGUCUAGCAACCACUUCACAAGACUAUUCAGAUUUCCUGUUAACCUUAAUUGUUGACAGUGUUAACUCAUAGUCUUGUGAGAAUUUCUGUCUUAGUUUUUUGAAGUGUUACAAUUUGUUUACUUCAUGUAUAUGGAAAGAACACGUGUAUUAAAAUCUGGUUUAGCAAAACUUGGCAAUAAACCUGGCAAACAUUUAAGUUGCCUCUUUUGCACAUUUAGUUUACAUUUUACAUAAAAAGUCAUACAUGUACUAGACAUGCUCCUGUAUUUAACAAUGUACACUGCGUAAUGUUUCGAACACGUGCCAGUUAUUUGUACAACGAACAAGUACAUUCAUGUAGAAAGAAUGGUAUUUUGUACUUCUCUAAUUUAUUUGUACAGUGGGAACUUGUCCAUUUAAGAGCUUUCCAGAAGUACAGUUUUCUAAUCAAUCAUUUCUUGUAUUAGGACUUUGAAACAAAAUGCCUCAGAUCAAAGUUUUCAGAAUUUUGAUUUUCGAAUUGAUUAGCCGGUUUUCUUAUUUAAUGAAAAAGUUGCAUGUAUAUAAAUCAGUUGUUAUUUGGAACCAGAAAGUAUAAAUUCACUUUGUAUUAUUUCUCGUAUUUAUCCUGUUUAGUUGAAAUGACGUGGCAAAUUUUUUUGGGGGGGGGGCUUUAUUUUGAUAAGUGUCGGAGAAUGCUUCUGAGGUAUAGUCGCACAGUUACUGCAGGCUGUUUUAUAACAAUGUGCCAAUAUCAAUGAAAUAAAAAUGCUAAGCAUGUGGAUCGUUUUUUUCUGUUUGAUUAAAGCAAUGAAUUGUCUCAAAUAAAAGACAAGGUCAAAGUAACAGGAAUCCCAUCAUCUUCAUGGGUGUUGCAAGGGGGGGGCGCCGGGGGAAUUGAAA